CACUACACUCUCAGAGUAGGAAGAGCAUCCAGCUGUAGAAACAUUGCCAGAUCAGACUGGAGCCUGGUGCGGCCUCCUGGCUUGCCAGUCCCCAGUCAAACCGUCCAUCCCAUGCCAGCAUGGAGAAUGGAGGUUAAACAAUGAUGAUGUUGAUGGUGAUGAUGAUGAUGAUGAUUACAUCAUUGUAAAGUAACUAUUUGCAUUCAGCUAAAUUCAUGAUCUUCAAACACAAAGUAUUCAACAUAGUUAACAAAUUCACAGAGUAAAAAUAUCUACAUUGAUCCUGCUAGCUUUCAUUUGGCAGAAUGAACUUAUCAGAAUAGUGUAUAUGUGGUCAGAACAAGGAAGAAUUUAGGGGUACUUAGAGUUUAUAAUAGGGGGAGGAGAUAAUUGACACAUGUGACCCAGUUAUCUAAACUUCUAAUAAUAGAUGAAGAGUCAGUUGUAGAUUUUUUAUCUUAAGUAAGCUGUUUAAGAUUUAAAAAAUCUAGACAAUCAGAGCUGAUCCUUCCUCUAUUAAAUAUGUUUCUCUUUAAUUUCACCAGUUUUGGAAAAACCUAUGACAGCCCUGGGUAAUGUUAUCUUCCUGUAACUAAAUAAUUACAAAAAUAAUAAACAUCCUUUAUUAUCAAAGAUAACUUUCAAAGUUUUCUAAUUUUUUUUUUUUUUUAGGUACAAUGGGGUCAGUUCAGAAGCUGUGUAUGAUCGUUUUCAUAUUUGCAACAAUAUCAUUUAUUGCAUUUGUAACAUUGAAAUUUCAAAGAAUUCCAUUUACAGAUCAGGAAUUUAUAGAAAGGAUUAAGAUUAAACUGAUACAACCCUAUGAUCCUCAGACAAAAUUGAUUAAUGACUUGAAUAUAACAUUCACAACACCAAACAUCAUUCAAAAUUCUACAGAAAUAUCUUCAAUUCAGGAAGACAUUUUCUCUUUUAAAACGGAACUUCCAAAAAAUUCUAUGAACCUUUCCAAUGAAAUCUCAGUAUUGACUGCAUAUUUCAAUUUAGGAGCCUUUGCAAAAGGAAGUCCUGGACAUAAGUAUACUCCAAAUGGCUAUUACAAAUGGAUGUCUAUAUUUGGCAGCAUGACUAAUAAUCUAAUUGUUUAUACAGAUGAUAAAACUGCAUACGAAUAUUUCCAAAAAUUAAGGGAAAAGUUUCCUAAAGAACGAACGAAGUUAUUUCUGAUAGACAAGAAAGAAUUGUGGUCAUUUAAUAUAGAAAAAAAUAUUUCUGAUAUAUUUAAACAGCCUGGUUACCCACGAUUUCUUCCCAAUACUGUUGUGCCUGGAUAUUCUUGUGCCAUGCAUGCAAAAUUUGAAGUUCUUAACCGGGUUAUAAGAAAGAACUAUUUUCAUACUAAAUACUUUAUGUGGUUAGAUAUUGGACUUUUUCGAUCUCUCACUAGAACUCCUAAAUUUGAAUUGAGAGUACCUACAAAUUUUGAUGAUACUAAAGUUGCUUACAGCUUUGUAUUUGAUUUUAAGAAGGAUGUAACUUAUAAAGACAUUAUUUAUCACAACAUGGUGUGGGUAGGAGGUGCCAGCAAUCUUGGUAAAUAUGAUGUUUUGUACAAAUUUACUCAAGAGUAUUUGAACUUUGUUAACAAGUCUUUGUCCAUAAAACUAAUGAGUACAGAUCAACAGAUAAUAUAUGGAAUGUAUGUGGAUAAACAUAAACCAGAAACAAAACUUCAACUUUAUAAAACAGGUUGGUUUAAAUUGGGUUAUUUAUGCUAUGCAGCUAAAAAUACACCAACCUGAUGUGUAUAUACAUGUGUAUAAGAUAAUAUGAAGAUAUCAGCAUCUUGUUCACACACACACACACACACACACACAAUUCAUCUUUCACCUGGGGCAUAAAUCACCUUUGUUCAGCA